ACCCGUCGAUCGUCCAGGUCUCAGCCGCCACACACACGAGGCACCAUGAAGGUCUUGGCACUUGUCCUUUUUGGGGUUGCCCUAGCUCUGGCGGCAGAGCGUCCACGCAACUACAAUCGCUACAAGCGAGGGAACCUUCUGGGCCACCACCACGGCCCGUCCUACGACACCCUGAGCUACAGCGGGCCCAGCCACGGCCCCGGCAUCAGCAUCGCGGACUCGCACGGACCAGCGCUGUCCCUGCCCGCCCCCAGCUUUGACCACUCCAGCUUCUCCGCGCCCCUGCCCGCCGUCGACCACUCUCACAGCUACGCUGCCCCCAGCUACGCUCCCAGCUACGCUCCCAGCUACGCUCCCAGCUACGCUCCCAGCUACGCUCCGAGCUACGCACCCAGCUACUCCGCCCCCGCCCCCAGCUUCCCCUCUGCGCACGACCACUCCCACAGCUUCUCCUCCGGGCACGACCACUCCCACAGCUUCUCCAGCGGCCCGAGCUUCUCCAGCGGUCCUAGCUUCUCCAGCGGCCCAAGCUUCUCCAGCGGACCUAGCUACUCCAGCGGCCCUAGCUUCUCCAGCGGUCCCAGCUUCUCCAGUGGCCCUAGCUACUCCAGCGGACCAAGCUUCUCCAGUGGCCCCAGCUUCUCCAGCGGACCCAGCUUCUCCGGUGGCUUCACCCCCAGCUUAGCCGCCCCCGCCCCCAUCGCGGCCCCCCUGGAGGCCGCCCCCAUCCCCGCCCCCGUCCCCGCGCCGGUCCCCGGGCCCGCCAUCCCUGCCGGCACCGUCAUCUCCAAGAGCGAGGCCGUGGUCAACGCCGUCACCAUCCACAAGGACGUCAAGAUCGGCGUGGCCCAGCCCGUGCCUGUGCCCGUGGAGAAGAAGGUGCCCUACCCCGUGAAGGUGCCCUACAAGGUGCCCGUCGACCGCCCUUACCCCGUGCACGUCGACAAGCCCUACCCCGUGCACGUCCACCGCGACGUGCCGGUGCCCGUCUACAAGGAGGUGCCGUACCCCGUCCAUGUCGAGGAGAAGAUCCCAGUGCAGGUCCCCGUCCCCGUCCCCCACUACAAGCCAGUGCCCGUCCCCCACUACGUCCCCAAGCCCGUGCCCGUGCCCCAGCCCUACCCCGUCACCAUCCUCGUCAAGGAGCACAUCCACAAGAAGGGUGGUUGGUGGUGAUUUAGGGUGGCGGAGCUAGAAAUUUAAUUUCUCCUAGUUUUCAUCUUUCAAGUUCAUUCACUCAUUCAUCCAUUUCAUGAAACCUGUGAUUGCGUUGUUCAUCUAUUCAGUCUAGUCAGCUGUUGAGUCCGUGUUAUCUAGUCGUUGCUGUUGUUGAGUUUGCCCAUUAGGUUCCCAAGUGCCAUCCAGUAACAAGCUGGAUUUAAUUAAAUACUUGUUGUCAUGAAACUGUUACAAACAAAGUUGUUAAAUAAAUAAUUAAGAAAAUA